CUCACAUCGUUUACCAAUCAAGUCGAAACAGGGCUACGCUACAUAGCCAAAGAAGAAAAGAAAGAGAAGAAAAUAAGGAAAAAAGAAAAGUUCCAGCUGCAAAAAAAAAAAAAAGAGAGAAAAAAGAAAAACCCUUGACUCCAUUUUGCUCCCAAAACUGUACGAAAACAAUUUUUUUUUUUUUUAAAUCUCAUCAACGAAAGAGACUGGUUUUCCCCCAAACAAAAAAAGUUCUGUGUGGCAUUUUUGUAGCACCUGGUAUUAGAGGAGAGAGAAAUAUAGAGAGAGAAAGCAAUCCCUCAUAUUUUCCAUUUAUUUUGUUUUAUCCUCUAAAUAGUGAGUUUUAUUUUUGCAGAAAAUUCAGGGGAAGUUUGGUCUGGUUUGGGUUAAUAACCGAUCAUCAUCAAAAUUUGAGACAAACCCACCUCUGUUUUUUCAUCGGAUUUAAUUCUGAUCUUUUUUUUUUUUUUGUGUUUUCUUUCCGUUCACACAUCCUAAAUCUCAUUACACGUAAUCCAUUUCGUAAACAAAAGCAAUCGCAUUCUUUUUGUUUCAACGCUUUCCAGUUCAGAACGGGUACAAAUCAACAAUAUCAGGCUCUGAUUACCGAUUGUUAUCUAAUAAUAAUACCCCACCGAAUUUCCCCCGAAUUCGAUUUCCCCAUUUCUGGGUCUCUCUCAAACUUACGUGAGAAAAUCGCAUAAGAAAUCGGGGGUUUUUUUUUUUUUCUUUUUUCUUUCAAUCAGAAUCUGAUGAAUUCCGGAUUCUGAUUUCUGGGCAUUGACCAAAAUCUUUUUUUUUUUUUUUUUGGAAUUCAAUCAUGGCUAAGAAAUCGGGCUCACUAGAUUACUGGAGGAGUUACUUUCGGACAGCGAAUUCUAGUAUUUUCGAGAUAAUCGACCAUGCGAUCAUGGUGGCGGCUUCUGAUCGUCCCAAGGAGUUCAGAUUGAGGAGAGAUCGAAUUGCGGAAAAGCUCUUCUCCUGUCGAUUGAGGAAGUGUUGUGGGUGUGAGCGGGUGGAGCUUUCUGUGCCGUGGGAUGAUGACGAUAAUGGUGGGGAUGAUGAUGAUUGUGAUGGUAAUGAUGAUGGUGAUGGAGAUUCUGGGGAUAGAGAUAGAAGUGGUGAGUUUGAGGCUGGAGCGAGUAAAGAGAGCAAGGCUAAUAGUAGUAGAGACGAUGAUCGAGCAGAAGAAGAGAUGAAUCAUGUUAGUAAUUUCAGCUACUUAGAUGCUGAGGCAUUGACUGAUGAGAUUGAGGAAGAGUCUCAGAUUCGUGGUGAGGUCUUAAGGAUCAAAGAGAUUCUUCAGAAUCGUGAAGAAGAGUCGGAGUCGGUAUUGUUCGGAGAGCUGAGGAGGCUUCAGUUCAUGGCUUUGACUGUGGAUACUUUGAAGGAAACUGAGAUUGGAAAGGCGGUGAAUCGUUUUCGGAAGCACGGAUCAAAGGAAAUUCGUCAUCUUGCAAGGACUCUUAUUGAUGGGUGGAAAGACAUGGUUGACGAAUGGGUCAAUACCACCGCAGCUAUUGCAACCAUGAAUAGCACAGAGGGCACUCCGGAUUCCAUAAACCCAUCUGUUCUUGAUGAAGAAGAAGGGCUUCCGUCUCCUCCUUUGGAUGAAGGAGCUUUCUUCGCUACUGAGCCAACUUCAAUGGAGCUCUCACGGUUCUUCGAUGGCAUGGAUGACGAUGGAAAUCCUCGAAACAGUGGGGCAUUCACCAAGAACCGUGAUAAUGGAAGAAAACCCUCCAUAGAGAAUCAAAAUGUCCCAAAGCAGAAACAAAAGCUUUCAACUGAGGCAAAUGUGCUAACCAAGGAACACAAGGUUCAACAACAAAAGAAACAGGAAGGAGUUAUGAAAACAACUAGACCCACAAACACUGAUUUUGGGCCUGGGAGACCUCCGAGAAUAAGUACUGAGCAGAAGCUCAAUAGUGCGAUGAAGUCCCAACAAAAACCAGACAGGCCUGCUCUUCAAAGAAGGCCGCUCUCUGUUCCACAAGAUAAAUUGAAGUCUUCAGAUGAAGUUGCUGUUCAAGUGAAACUCGAAGCCACGAAAAGGAAACUCCAGGAGCGGUAUCAACAAGCUGAGAAUGCCAAGAGGCAACGGACAAUACAAGUCAUGGAGUUACACGAUCUCCCUAAGCAGGGACUCGGCCAUAGAAAUCCACACAUGAAACCUGGGAACCACAAUCGUCAUUGGGGACAUGGACGGCGAUAGGUCAGCUUCCUCGGUGGUACUUGUUUCACAGGACUUCCAUUUUAAAUCUGGUGGCAGAACACAAAUAACUCUCCGAUGUGACCAAGGUUGACCCACUUGUGCAUUAGAAAUAAGAGAUUCGUUCACCAUUCUUGCGGGAGAGGUACUGUUACUGUUUUAGAGUCGGGAAAAAUUGUGGAAAACUUUUCUCCUAAAAUUUUAAGACAUUGAUAGUUCUAGAUGACGUUUCAAAUUGAUCGAAAUUUGAGAGGCAGGUCAUAGAGAUUUAUGCAGUCUGAAUUAUUGGCAUUGUUCUCAGAUAAUUGGAGUCUGUAGAAAAAUCCGGAUUCUCACUUAACCAUUUCAUUGAGAAAUCUUUUUAUUUUUCCUCCUUUCUGACAGCCAAAAUUUCUUAUCACCAUGGCUUAUAUAUAAAUUUAAUGCACAGGAUAAAGUGUUCUGUUAAUUGUUAUAAAGUCGUCUGUAAAAACCUUCGUAUAUAUAUGUACGUGGUUGAAUAUUUUACUUCCCCUUUGACAGCUUGUCAAUUUUGGACUGUUGGUUGAGAAAGAUCUUU